CCAUCGUUGCUAUUCAUUAGUAGAAAUUCAGGCGCGGGUCUCGCACGGUUUUACGCAGUGGCAAACAAUUUCCAAAAGACAAAAAACAAACUCAAUAUGAGAUCUAUGUUGGUGCUGGCUCUGUGCCUGGGCGUGGUCUGUGCAGAUUUGGAACACAGAAGCAAGCGGGACGACUUCCAUAGUCGCCACUAUAGCGCCCAUCAGCAGGCAAUCGAAACGGCGCGUAGGAAUGCCUAUGGCUCGAGUGGAUACGGCUCCAGUGGAUUGAGCAGCUAUGGAAUUGGUGGCAGUGCCGAUCUGGCGGUCGGUGGCGGAGUGGGUGCCUCCCUGGGCAACCUGGAGAGCUCCUACGAUUCGGUGGGUGCCGUCGAGGGCGCGGAAAGCAGCAGCGGCAGCGUAGGCGGCGGCGCUGCCUUUGGCGCCAACAAUGCGGCCUCUUAUGGGGCACAGAACGCGGCCUCCUUCGGCUCGAACAGCGCCUUCUCCUCAAACUCUGCCUUCCAGACGAGCCACAGUGCCAACUUUAAUGCCGCAAGCGCGCACAAUGUCGGCAGCAAUGUGGAGUUCUCGGAUGCCAACAAUGCUGGCACUGAGGUCAACUUUGGUGGUGCCGGAACGACCAACUCCGAGUCGCUACUCUCUGGCAAUCUGCAGGCACCUUUGGCUAUUUCAGCUCCUGUUGCCAGCGGCGGCAAUCUUGAGUACUUGCACCACGAACGUGUCGUGUCCAGCGCACCACAGCAGGUGGUCUACACUGUGCCCGGCGGCUCCCAGAAGUAUGUGCAGCAUGUGGAGCGCGUGGUGGAGCAGAAGCCUUCAGUGCAGUAUGUACAGGUUGCCCAGCCCGCUGGCACCUCCGAGCACUACUAUCAGCGCAAGGUGACGACCACCGCCUCGGCGCCACAGAUCAUUCAGCAGCCUUCGGCUAGCUUCACCUACGGCUCGAACACGGGCUCCAGCUUUGGCACCAACUCGGCCUUCAAGGUCAACCAGAAUGUCGGCUUUGGCAGCAACUUCGGCCACCGCUCGGGCGCCCAGUCCCUGUUGACCGCCGGCCAAGCCGGAGGCAUCAGCUUUGGCUCCGGCAGCUCCCAGCUGCACCAGCUGAUCAACCAGGCCCAUCAGACAGCCAAGCAGCAGGCAGCCAGCGGCAGCUCGAUUAGCACCGGCGCCGGUCUGACCAGCGCCAAUCAGCUGCAGUACGGCGGCUCGAACGGCUUCAAUUCCAACUACGGCUACAACUCAGCGAGUUCCCUGAACUCUGCUAGCUCCUUGAAUGCGGCCAGCUCUCUGAACUCUGCCAGCUCCCUGAAUGCUGCCAACAGCGGCUCACUCUUGGGUGGAUCCCUGCUGGGUGGUAGCACAGGCUCUCUGCUGAGUGGCUCCCUCUUGGGCGGAUCCUCCAGCAACAGCCAGCUAAAUGCCCAGAGCAACUUCGGCUUGGGUCUUUCCUCUGGCCUAACUAGCGGUCAGCAAUUGUCCGGCGCAGGAAACAUUGGUGCUGGCAUCGGUGGCAACAGCGGCUACCAGACCAAGCAGUGGGAGAAACAAUCCAAGUGGUCUUCCCAAUCGGAGUUUGACUCCGAUGGACAUGUCAAGAACUACAAGGAUCUGGCCACCGGCGAGAGCGAGAACUACAAUGUGAACGGCAAGCAGUUCGGCUACAAUGCAGCCACCGCCUCAGUUGACGACAACGGCAAAGUGAGCACCUACAGUGUGCACUCGUAAGAUGUAACUCUCGACUCAUCUCUUUCUCUCUCACUCUGCCUCACCAAGAAUAGUAGCAUCAAAUUUCUAACUUCCGCGUUGUAGACGGGUCAACAAAAUUGUUAAAAAUAAAAA